AUGGAACUUGGACGCUAUACCAAAACCAAGGCGACGCUCUACCUCAAGCCCGAUGCUCACCCGGUUUUCAUCAAGAAGAGACCGGUUCCCUACGCCUCUUUACCGCUUCUCGACGCUGAGAUCGACCGACUUGUGGCACAGAACGUCAUCCCCGCCGUCGACCAUUCACCAAGGGCCGCGCCAAUCGUCGUUGUGAGAAGAGCCAAAGGAUCCCCGCCGACUUUGCGCCGACUUCUCGACUGGACUCAAUGA